GAAUAAAAAUGAAAAAGAAAGAUUUAAUCAAUCUUUCAUUUUUGCUCCAGUUUGUGAAAGUUAGUUUUCAAUUCUCCAAUACAAGGUUUAGAGUUGGAGUUGUUAUUAGCCAAGAAAACUGGAAUUCCACAGUCCCAAGAGCAGUAGCUAUCUCAGCAGAAAUUAUAAACAAGGCGGAAAACCUUUUGGAAGAUUCUAGCAUUGAGGUUUUCCCAAUAUACUCUGAUAAAAACUCAUUCAAGUUGAUUCGAGCAGUUUGUAAAGGAAUAAAAUCAGGAUUUCAGGCCGUGAUUGGUCCCUCGGACCAUUUGUCCAGUAUCCAUGUCCAAAGCAUCUGCAGUGGAUUAGAUAUACCCUUUCUGGAUACUCAGAGUGGUAACCUACAGUCUAGUUCCAAUCUUUUCCUGAAAAUACAUCCACAAUUUAAACAUAUUAAUAAGGCUGUGCAUGAUUUUGUUCUGAAUGCCAACUGGACUCAUGCCGUUAUACUUUACGAUUCUAAUAUUCCUGCAGUACUAGAUCUUCAGAACCAGCUAACUGAUUCAGAACUGAACAUUCUUUCCUACAAAAUUGAUGGAGAUGAUUUCAGCGCACUUCUACAUUCAGUCAGAAGAAACAAUAUGGUCAAUUUCUUGAUCGGAUUUUCACCAACAAUAAUUCCACAGUUCUUUAAACAAUGCAGGGGAAGAGGGCUGAUUGCUGAAGGAGCUCAGUUUAUGCUUAUGAAUACAGAUAUAC